CGUCUGGGUUUCGAGAGGGAAAAAAGGAAGAAUAUCCAGAUCUACUAAAAAUCCCCAUAUUCAAUUUUCAAAUUUGAACUCUGAGAAAACCCAAGAUUUUUCAAUCGUUCCGAAAAGUCGUUCCGAGAUCGAAAUCUCCGGAAUUGGGGACCUUGUGCAUUGCACACGAUGGGCGAUUUCAACCUCGCUCUCGUGAUUGUAGCGAUCGUUGUGUGCGUCAUUGUUUUCAUCUCAAGCAUCUAUCUCCUCGUAAACUACCAGCAUCCUGAUGAUGCGAACCAGGCUUAUUUCCCCAAAUUCGUGGUUGUUUUUGGGCUGUCUAUUGCUAUGAUAUCGAUUCUCAUGUUACCCGCGGAUGUGGCUAAUCGGCAUGCUUGUCGACAUGCUAUUUACAACGGCGCUUGCAAUCUCACCUUGCCCAUGAAGGAUCUUUGGCUUGCCAUUUACAUUGUGGACGCUAUCCUCGUCUUCUUUGUCAUCCCCUUCGCAAUGUUUUUCUAUGAAGGCGACCAGGACAAGACUCUUGGAAAGAGGAUAAAAAGUGCCUUAAUUUGGGUGGUAACCACGGCUGUUGUUUGUGCUCUGGUGCUUGGAAUUUUAUACGGUGUCAUUGGAAAGGUUGACUUCUCUGUCAGGCACUUGGCUUCUGCCACAUCCUCUUUCCCUACUUCCUGGCAAUUUUCAAAUACUCAACCAUGCAUCGGUAACACUGCUCGACAGUGCUCAGCAUUUACAGCUAAUCCCGCAUCGGAGAAAACAUGGACCAUGCGUACUACUUUUCCAGAAUACGUUGUUGCUCUUGCCACCAUUGUUGGGUCAGUUCUUUUUACGAUAUUUGGUGGUGUUGGUAUUGCAAGUCUACCAUUGGGACUUAUCACUGCUUUCAUCAGGCGACCAAAAGCUGUUAUCACUAGAUCACAAUAUAUAAAGGAGGCAACCGAACUAGGUAAAAAGGCAAGAGAACUAAAGAAAGCAGCUGAUGGACUUCAUCAGGAAGAAAGAAGUGGUGCUAAGGGCAGGAAAUGGAGGAAAAAUGUGAAAGCAGUAGAAAAGGAGUUGCUCCAAUUGGAGGAAGAUGUGAACCUCUUAGAAGAGAUGUAUCCUCAAGGAGAGCAGGCAGAAACUGCUUGGGCUUUCACUGUACUUGGAUACUUGGCCAAGUUUAUUCUUGGAAUCUUAGGAUUGAUCGUUUCCAUUGCUUGGGUUGCGCAUAUCAUCAUAUAUCUACUCGUCGAUCCUCCUCUCUCCCCUUUUCUUAACGAGGUUUUCAUUAAGCUUGAUGAUGUCUGGGGUCUUUUGGGCACUGCUGCCUUUGCUUUCUUCUGUUUCUACCUUCUACUUGCUGUUAUCGCUGGGGCAAUGAUGCUGGGUUUGAAGCUGGUCUUCAUUACCAUUCAUCCAAUGAAAUGGGGAGCUACUUUAAUGAACUCUUUCCUCUUCAAUGUCGGGCUCAUUCUUCUUUGUUCAAUCAGUGUGAUUCAAUUUUGUGCCACUGCAUUUGGAUAUUACGCACAAGCGACUGCUGCUCAGGAGAUCUUUGGUCACACAUUGCAAUCCCUUAGAGGAAUUAAGUACCUCUACAAGUACAAUGUGUUCCAAAUCGGGUUUGUUAUACUGGCUGGACUAACCUUCCUAUAUUACAUUGCCUUUGGAUGGAGAAGAAAAAAACCAAGCGGCCGUUUCCAGCUCUCUUCUUAAAGUAAAACGUUUUCGUUGCUUAAUAUUUGGUUACUUGAGCCUUCACUGCGAUCUGAUUGAGUGCUGUCGCCAAAGUUUUUACGUGUUGCCGGAUCAUCAUCAAUUCCGGAAGUAUCUGAAGACUCUGCUUCUAAGAUUUUAUUUUCCCCGACUGUAAUUUUAUUUUUCUUGUGUAUGUACUAUUUGGUUGUGCAACAGUUAGCUGUCCUGUCUUGGUCUAUUGUAAUGUUUCGGAUGCGAUUGUGUAAUCAAAAUUUUCAAAUGAGAAGCGUUGUUCGAAUUUCACAA